AUGAGUUCAGGCCAAGUGAUGAGCAAGAACAGCCAUGCAUGGGCAGGAAGAGACGAUUCGGGGCUUCCCUCUCCUUAUGAAUUUGAACGCAGAGGGGUUGGAACCGACGACGUGUCAGUGAAAAUCACUCAUUGUGGCAUUUGCUACGCGGACGUAGUUUAUACCUGCAACAAGCUAAAGAACUCUAUUUACCCCCUGGUUCCCAGAAUGUAUAUCUAUGGGCAUGAGAUCGUGGGGAUUGUGCAAGAAGUGGGUGACAUCGUUACCAAUUUCAAGGUUGGAGAUCACAUCGGUGUCGGAACCUAUCUUGAUUCAUGCAGACAUUGCAAGUAUUGUAAGGGUGGACAAGAAGUUCAUUGCUCAAAGGGAAUUUCAAGUACAAUCAAUGGCACCCGCAAGGAUGGUACCACCACACAGGGCGGAUAUUCGAGCUUCAUAGUUGUUGAUGAGAGGUUUUGCUAUAAGAUACCUGAAAAGUAUCCAUUAGCUCUGGCGGCACCUUUGCUGUGCGCUGGAAUCACAGUCUACAGUCCGAUGAUCCAACACAAAAUGAAUCAACCCGGGAAAUCCGUAGACGUGAUUGGACUUGGUGGGCUCGGUCAUAUGGCUGUGAAGUAUGCUAAGGCUUUUGGACUGAAUGUCACUGUUUUCAGCACGAGCUUGUCCAAGAAAAAUGACGCUUUGAAUUUGCUAAAAGCAGAUAAAUUUGUGCUCUCAUCUGACAAGGAACAAAUGGCUGCUAUGGCUAAAUCUCUGGACUUUAUCGUUGACGCAGCAUCGGGAGACCACCCACUUGAUCUAUACAUGUCAUUACUUAAGACAGGAGGAGUUUUAGCGUUGGUAGGCCUUCCAGGCGAGGAAAUAAAACUCAAUCCACUUAGCCUUCUCAUGGGUACGAGGAGCAUUCCCGGAAGUGUUCUAGGCGGUGUAAAGCGAACGCAGGAGAUGAUCGAUUUUUGUGCUGAGCAUGAGAUUUAUCGAGAGGUUGAAGUAGUUCCAAUCCAAUAUGCAAAUGAAGCUCUUGAGAGGCUCCAGAAGAGCGACGUGAAAUACCGUUUCGUGAUAGACAUCGAGAACUCCUUAAAGUAACUCGGCUUGUCAAGGAAUACCAUGCUCGAGAUUAACUUUGUAAUCUAAACGAACUCUAUCUCUAUCUCUAUGGUUUGAGUGUACGAAGACGAAUAAGUAGGAAGUAAUCCUUCUCCAUUACAACUGUGUUUCAUCUUCUUGACAAUAAAAAGGUGAUUACUUGAUGAAUAUUUCUG